AUGUCUUCAUUACUGAACCUUCCUAUAACUUUUAUUGAUCAACUUCUUAAAAAACUGGAUCAGGAAUCUCUAUUUGUACUUCGAAAGGUUUGUAGUGGACUCCGCAAUUACAUCGAACAUGUUCAACCGGAUUACAACAUUAAUGCCAUACGAAUCGUGGUUCAUUUGAGAAAAAUUCAAGUUUGGUACAACGGUGAUAUUGAUAAUAGUAUAUUUUACGAGCAAGGAUGUUUGGUGAGGAAAGGAAAGCAAGAGACACUUUUGGAAAACGAAGAUUUUAUCAAGAUUUGUGUGGAUGAUAUGAGAGUGAUAUUGAGUCAGCGAACUCAUGUUUUGAGCUUUUUCUCUCUUUACCUGAAGUUCGAUUGCCCAGAAAUAACUGGGUAUUCUGAACAACUACAAGAAGGACUUCACCAGAUUCUGAAGUCAAGAAAGACUCCGAUAAAAGUAAGAAACAUGGAGUUAUCUGCAUUGGGACAAGAGGAAAUGUUAUUGUUUCUCCCAUUUUUUGAAUUAAGCGGCAUUUCUUUGUACUCUUCCAUUGGACGAACCGGAGAUGAACCAUUAGAUCUGAGCGAAAUUGAGAAGCUGGAUCAGUGGAAGUUAGCCAGCAGGGUACAUAUUUCGAAUGUAAACUCGGUUUCUAUUCCAAGUUUUUCGCAUUUUCAAAAAGUUUCGGCCCGAUUUCCAUCGGUUUCUUUCAACGACUUGGCUGUGUUAGAAGAGAUGUUCAUUCGUAAUCCAACAUUGCAAGUAUUCAAGUUCUACUAUCAAGAAUUUGAUAAAAACCGACUAUUGGAGCAUCUUGGGGAGCCACAGAGGGGCCGGCCACAUCAUCAUUUAUUCGGCCACUGGCACAUUCGAAUCCCUAGGAGCCAACAAGUUAUUCAUAUUUUAUCCUCAUUUUGUCAUAGGAGACUCACAUUUUCCCGUAAAAACUUGUCAGAAGUACCCAUCGGUUUUGACGUUCUGAAUUGA